AUGGCUCCUCGCGGUGAGUCGCUCCUCAUCCGCUCCGUUCUCCUCUGCUACCCUGAUCAGACCGUUAUUCCCGAUCGACUCCACCGUCAUGCCUUCAAAGGUCCAGACGUCGUUCUGAAAGAGCAGUACGUGCAUGACUUGUUCCGUGCCGGCCAUGGCUAUCCUGUCUGGCAUGGACACCCAGAAAUAGCCCCCUCUGGUUCGGAGCGCCACGAAGUUGAGCUGGGCUCCGUUAUAUAUCUCAGGAGCGGGGAGAUGAUGCCGCGGCUUUUGCUGAACACUGUCGCAGGACGUCCUCAGAGGGGACGUCUAGAGGGGAUAAACGGAGCGCCUGCUGUUCUCAAUCUCCUUCAACCACCACCACCCAUUGUGUCGCAACCUGUAUCUCUCGCAGAGGUCCCCGAAAAGACCAAGAAACCCCAAUCAAGCACAGCGACCCCGGAAGAAGCCAAGGAAUCUCCGCCCACCGAAGCUGAGCGGUUUCGACUAAGUCGGACGCCCAGACUCAACAAGAUGAUUGAGGCUCCUCUCCCAGGUCCUUCGCGCAUCGACUCGAAACGACCUACUCGCAUUUAUCUGGAUCCGGAUGUAGUAGUCUCCCGAUUUUCCGGUGCUUUCAAGAGCGGCAUUGUACGAUAUAUCGCGGACAAUCUCGACCAUUGGCUGGAUGUUGGGAACGGCGCGGUGCUUAGACCGGAAGACCUCUUCUUCGUGCACGGAACGACGAAGGCGAUGUACUGGAUCAAUGAGGUAUACCUCCCCGCCGACGACGGCGACGGGAAGAAAGGGUUCGGGUUCAUUCGCAACCUUAUAGAACGCCUCUCCAAGUUUCCGUGGCUCAACGCGGACCGCACAGCAACGGUCCAGCCCCCAAACCAUAACUCAAGUGACAGCUUUUAUCCGCGCGUGGUCCGCAAGGAUGCCAGCACCGGCGAGCUCGUGCAGGAACCUCCACAUCGACGGAGCACGGUGUUCUUCAACUACUUCAAGGCGAAGAAACGCGCAUUGAGCGCACCCAUACAAUAUCUGAAAGACUGGCAGAGGGAGUAUGGACUUCCAAAGAACGGCCCCCCGGUGCCCGACCCAGUGGAGUAUUUGCUAGAAUACAUGCUCAGUCACACCUCGUUCUUGAAUGCCAGAAUCGCGAUAGCGUCCGACACGGACCUCUACGCGAUAUUUCACGAUUUCAAAGGACACAUCCCUGAAGACAUCCCGUCCGCUCUCAGGGCGCGCAAGCCACACAUCCAAGUCGAGAAUGGCCUCGCCACGGUCUGGCCAGAUUGGACCAAAAUCGGUUUCGCGGACGAGCCCCCGAACCUCGUAGAGGUUGCUUCUGGAAGUAACGAUACGCUUGUGAGCGACCUCGGCUCGCAAGAUUCGCGCAAGGACCCGGAUGCGAAGUAA